CUUGUAUAUUAAAAAAAAAAAAAACUUCAUCAAUCAAAGCUAUAGAUCAAAUAUCAAGAAUAAUGGGUGAGGAAAAUAAACCAAUAAAAUGGGAAGGUAAAGCCACCAUUGAGGUAAGAGGAACCUCGGAGGAAAUAGUAUGGAAAGUGUUAGAGGAUUUUUGCAACCUACACAAAUGGCUCCCAAUUGAUACAUGUUAUAAAGUUGAAGGAAUUGAAACUCAACCUGGUCUCAUUCGUUAUUGUGCUUCAACAAAAAAAGGGGUUGAUGAGAAACCAAUUGUUAAGUUUUUUAAAGAAAAGCUUUUAACAAUUGAUUCAAUCCAACGUUGUUUAUCUUAUGAAAUUGUCGAUAACAAUAUGGGAUUUAAGAAUUAUGAAGCUAUAAUGAAAGUGUUGCCACUACAAAUUAAUGGUGAUGAUGAUGGUAAACGUGUAGGGUGUAUUCUUGAAUGGGAGUGUGUUUGUGAUCCGGUGGAAGGGUGGAGUUUGGAAAAUUUGCAUGCUUAUAUUGGGAACUUUCUUAAGUGCAUGGCUAACAAUAUUGAGCUCGUUUACUCUCCACUCUUCAAAUAGUUAUAUUAAAGUUACUAGAAUUAUUGAUGUUUACUUGUGAUACUAUAUAUCUUUAUAAUAUUUGUGAUUCAAUUUUUGUUUUGUAUAAUGUAUCUUGUUUACUUUUAUUUGUGUGUUGUACUAUUUAUAU